CAGACAUUAACAAUCUGGCUCUAGGUCUGCCUUCAAAGAGCUCGCCAAGCCUGCGCUUCCCUGGUUCCCCUCCCUUCCCUCACACCCACUGCGGAAGCCAGGGCUGGGAAUCUGCCGCCUUCGCUGGCGCGUUCUGAGGAGCGGCUGCAGCAUCUCCAGGUCAAGAUGCCGGAGCAAAGCAACGACUACCGGGUGGUGGUGUUCGGUGCCGGUGGCGUUGGCAAGAGCUCCCUGGUGUUGCGCUUCGUGAAGGGGACAUUCCGGGACACCUACAUCCCCACCAUCGAGGACACGUACCGCCAGGUCAUCAGCUGCGACAAGAGCGUCUGCACCUUGCAGAUCACCGACACCACCGGCAGCCACCAGUUCCCGGCCAUGCAGCGCCUCUCCAUCUCCAAGGGCCAUGCCUUCAUCCUGGUCUUCUCCGUCACCAGCAAGCAAUCCCUGGAGGAGCUGAAGCCGAUCUACCAGCAGAUCGUGCAGAUCAAGGGCAGCGUGGAGAGCAUCCCCAUCAUGCUGGUGGGCAACAAAUGCGACGAGACGCAACGGGAGGUGGAGAGCAGGGAGGGAGAGGCUGUGGCCAAGGAGUGGAAAUGCGCCUUCAUGGAGACCUCGGCCAAGAUGAACUACAACGUCAAGGAGCUCUUCCAGGAGCUGCUGAACCUGGAGAAGAGGAGGAAUGUCAGCCUCACCAUCGAUGGGAAGCGCUCCAGCAAGCAGAAGAGGACAGACAAAAUCAAGGGGAAGUGCAGCAUCAUGUAGAGCCCCGGACUGGCCCGCAUCCCCCCUCCGGUCCCCCCCUCUCCCCACCACGACUGGAUGUGCCAUCGCAGCGGGAUCGUCCCCUCGUCCUCCGUGCCAUCACUGUGACUGUGCGGGGACACCGCAGCGCACGGGCUGCACUCGCCGAUGGUCUGGGGGUGAAGACGGGGCGUCCCACCGAGCUGAGGGACGCUCGGCCACCCCAUGGCCGGCACUGGGGGACACGCGGCCGGGCGAUGCCAGGGAGCGCACGGACACACACCCUCCCACAGCAGCACAACCGGCAGCACCAGCUGCUCCCCGUCCCCAUGGGGAGCCCACGUGGGUCCUCAUAGGUGCGGAAGACGGUGCGAGGUGGGGGUGUCGGUGCCACCCUUGGGGACAGUCCCACGCGUCCCUCGCUCUCCCCGUGCCCCCGGCCCCACGCCAUAGCACUCUGCUCCUGCAGGCAGAGUCCCGGGGCGGGAGCAGCUCCUCUGUUCCUGAGCCUCCAGCCCCAUCCUGGCACUGCGGACCCCCCCGCGACCCCCAGCCUCAUCCCAGCACCGCGGACCUCCCGCAGUCCCUAGCCGGUGCCGCAGCUCGGAGCCACCAGCCCAAGCACAAAGCAUCGGGUCCGAGGGAGGUCCUGACCCAGCACAAUCCUGGUGAGCUCCGGUGCGAAACCCCCGGCCCGACCCCCCAGCACUGCCGCUGCCCCCCCUCCCACACAGGAUGAGCCCCCCAGCCCAGCUGGGCCGCGAUGCCAUGGUGAUGGACCCUGUCCUCCCGUGGUGCCCGGCUGACACUCAGCAUCUCCCCCAGCUCCCGCAGAGUCCUUGCCGCGGGGGGGCCUUGCCCUGCACCCCAGGGACGCCCAACCCCUCCUCCUCUCCCAGUCCUUGCUUGUUCCCCCGUGGCCGGAGCAGGGUCCCCGCGCUGUCACCAGCCCCUCGUCCCAGCGGGGUUUGUCCCCUCGCUCCGGCCCUGCUCUCCCUCUGCUGGGGCCCCUGGGGGUGUCCCCAGCGCCCCCCGUUUUACAGCACGCCCCGAGCGCCCAGGGGACGCGGUGACGUUAGGAUGUAGCCUUUAUUCUAGAAAUAGUCUUCCUUCAAUAAAGAGAUGAGAAAUGCUCCCGCAUCCGUGCGGAGCAGCAGGGGCACGGCUCGAAGCGGGAAAGGAGGGAUGGGGGUGCAUGUGUGUGACAGCACGUGUGUGCAUGCAUGUGCAUGUCUGUGCAUGUGAGACUGCAUGCACGGUGUGUGUGCAAGCACACGUGUGUAUGAGCAUCUGUACUAAUGGACAUACACACAUGUACAUUUAUGUACCAUGUGCACAUGUGUGCCAUGGCGUGUGCACACAGUGCAUAUGCAAGCACACACGUGUCUGUGCAUCUUUGCCAAUGCACAUACACACAUGCACGUGUGUACCCUGUGCACACACGUGCCAUGCUGUGUGCACACACAUGUGCCUGCGUGCCCCCCACCCCUCGCUGCCGCGCGGGCUGGUGUCCCCGUGGGGAGGGGGUGGGAGCACGGUGCGUGCGUCAUCAUGCCUGUUGCCAUGGAAACCAUCUGCUCCCCGGGCGCGGGAGCUGCGUGGGCAUGCGGAUGCGGGCUGGGGGGCGGCGGAGGGGGAGCGGGGCUGCUGCUGGCUGCAAGGGCCUCGGCAAGGGCACGGCUCCGAGGGGAUGUCAUAGCUCCGUGAGGAUAUCAUGGCUCUAUGGGGACAGUCUUGGCUGCGUGGCAAUGGCUGUGGCUCCACCAGGGUGGUUGAAGGUCCCUGGGGAUGCUCAGGGCUCCGUGGGGAUGUCACUGCUCUGUAGGGAUUAUCAUGGUUCCACGGGGACAUCAGAACUCCAGGGGGAUGGUCAUGGUUCUGUGGGGAUGGCCACUGAUCCCUGGGGAUGCUCCAUGGGGACAGUCGCAGUUCUGUGAGGGUGUCACACUUCCACGGGGAUGGCUCCACCAGGGUGGCCACAGGUCCCUGGGGAUGCCUGGAGCUCCAUGGAGACAGUCACAGUCCACGGGGAUGUCACAGCUCCCCUGCACCAGCCAGGGCAGCCACUGCUGUCCCCACGUCCCCCCCAGCGGGCUGGGGGCAGCCAGGACCCUCAGUGGGCACCGGGACGGGAGCGUGGGACGGGCAUGCGUGGGUGUGCGGACACUCGGUGCCAGCGCCACCUGCCAGGACCCCCCAGGACCCCCCAGGACCCCCUGGGCCACAGACGCCCAGGCAAGGCUGGGGGCGUCACAGGUAUUUGAGGGGGAUGCUGUCACACCAAACCUCGGGUCUCCUGGGCUAAACGCCCCCAGCUCUGUCCCCACCCUGUCUCCCCAUCAUGGCUGGUGCAGAUGGGACCGGUGGAGCAGGAGAGGCUCUUCAGGGGACCCUGCUGCAGCUUGGGGCACCCCUUGGGAUGCUCCGAUAGGUGGCCCUCACGGUGCUCCUUGAGAUGCCCACCAGGAUGUCAUUUGGGGGCUCCUUGGGAUGCCCCUCAGGAUGCUCUUGCUCUCAGCAAAGGCCACUUGCUCCCAGAAGGGUCUGGGUGACUCUGGCCCCACGCCCGAGCCUGACGCUGAGCUGCUCUUGGAGGACCAGCCCAGGGGCACCCUGAGAACCCCCAAAGCCACAGCCGGGAGCCCACCUGGGCAGUGUGACAGGAUCAAGAUGGACAUGGACAGUCCCGGGUAGAGAUGGACAAUCCUGGAUCGAGAUGGACAUGAACAAUCCUGGAUCGAGAUGAGUGAUCCUGGAUCGAGAUGGACAUGAACAGUCCUGGAUUGAGAUGGACAAUCCUGGAUCAAGAUGGACGAUCCUUGCAGGACACUUUGUGCUUCCCCGGGGCCUGAGGUUUUAAAUAAGCCAUUCCUGAGUGUUAAUUAGCAGGAUGAGCCAUGGUGCGGC